AUGAAUUCAUCUUUUUGGUUACCAUCUCCUCUACCAUACACAGCUAUUUAUUAUCCACCAAUUCCAUCAUUAUUCAUCGCUCAUGGUUUUCCGGCAAUACUUCCUACGGUACUGAAAUCAGCUGUUCCGCCGUUAUCGUCAUCAACAUCAUCAUCAUCAUCGUUACCUCAGCAAUUGAAAAUUUCGGAAUCAGCUCAACAACUAAAAUCUUCAGAAACUGUACCAAAAAAGCGUUCAUCGAAAUUAUUUCUCGUCGAGAGUUUACUCCCAUCAGUUGCUGAGAAAAAAAAAAGCACGCCAUCACCGUUAAGCGUCACAACAGUAGAAUGGAUAAAUGGUGGAUAUGGUGUAAAAAAUCCGAUGCUACAAAGUUACCGUACACCGGAUAUUGAUACUACUCCUGAUCCGGCUUCUGAACCUGGUUUAUUGACAUGCCGAAUAUGUGGCAAGAAAUUCGCAUUACAAAGGCUUUUAAAUAGACAUGCAAAAUGCCAUUCAGAAAUAAAACGAUAUUUAUGCACAUUUUGCGGCAAAGGUUUCAAUGAUACAUUUGAUUUGAAGAGACACACACGAACUCAUACAGGUGUUCGACCAUAUAAAUGUGAUCAAUGUGAGAAAUCAUUCACACAACGAUGUUCAUUAGAAUCACAUCUUCGUAAGGUACACGGUACACAACAUAAUUACGGUUAUAAAGAACGACGAAGUAAGGUAUUUGUAUGUGAAGAUUGUGGCUUCACGGCUCCGGUAUUUGAUCAGUACAUACAGCAUUUACAAUUUAAUCAUCCAUUUAGUCCACAACUAAUCAAAUUAACAUCCACUGGUGCAUUAUCCAAAUAUCACCGGUCAAGCAAUCAUCGAUCAUCUUCUAUAUCAUUUCCAACUAGUACAUUUGGAACUUUCCAUAGAUAA